AUUUUAUGCAGUCACUUCCGCCGGAAACGUUGAAGCUUUUGUUUUGGAAAGCUACUAGCCACGGUCGCCAUUAUUCUUCCUGGCUUGACGUUCGAUAAAAAGACAUUUAUUUGACUUUUAUCGUAUAUUAUUGAAGCAAACCGCACAUCUUCAUAUUUUUAUUCAACCCGUUUAUUCAACGGUGAGUUUGCAACGUUGACCAGGGGCCAAAGAAUGGAGAGGCGGUCCGAGGGUGUCGGUGCUGGAUGGGCUCUCCCGCUGGCCUCCCUUCGCCUGAUGGCCUCCCCGCUGCAGCUGACGUACUCGUUCAUGUGGCAGGUGAUCCGCCAGAGAAACGUCAGUCAGUACAAGAAGGUGGAGGAGUUUGUCACCGUGGUGACGCAAACCGUUCCGGAGCUCAUGAGUUUCAAACAGACGGCGCAGCUCAUCUUGGGCUUGCGGGCGAGGAUCAUUUUGGAUUUGCUCCAGGGGGAGGGCCCACCAGACUCCCGCGCUAUUCAAACGCUAAUAAAUAAACUCAAGAUCGCUCCACCUGUAGGGGACGUGGAAGUGGACAAAUGUCAAACCAACUUCAUGGUGCUGGUCCAGAAUCUGCUGAAAAGCCCCGCAGAGAGGAAGCUCUUCUUUAAGGAAGUGUUCCCGGUUCAGUACGGCACAAAGUUUGACACGGCGCUGCAGACUCUGGUCGCCGGCCUGGUGUGCAAGUUGGAACAGUUGCUUCCCGUUCCCAAUCUGUCCCAGCUCAGUUCCAUGAUUUCUUCGCAACCGGCUAUGCUGGAGGCAUGCGGGGGGGUCAUCCCCCAAGGCGGCGACCUCAAGACUCUCCUCCUGUACCAGCAGUCCAGAGGACUGCUAUCCGGUAAAGCGACCAUCUCGUCUUCAGUGGGCGACUGCGUGCUCUCGUCCCUCGCCUUCCGACCCAAACCCGUCGAGCCUCCCCCGCCUCCGCCGCCUCCCCCGCCGCCGCAACCCGCGGUCAGCCCUCCAGUCGCGAGCCCGCUCCCGCUCGCCGACCACGACGACUUAGGCGACACGUCGGACGACUCGGAGGACCCCGAGGUCGCCGUCGUCGCCUCCCGGGUCGACUCCGCCGCGAAAAGCGUCGAUCUGGUGCAUCCGGAGCAAAGCGAAAAACCCGAUGAAGCGGCGGCGCCGGACAAGUCGGAAGCGCCGCGCCCGCCCCUGAAAUCCAUCCCCUUCAAAGUGGUGAGCGUGCCCAGGAAAACGCCGCCGCCCAAUCCCGCCGUCACCAAGGACGGCCAAAAGCUCCAAACGCAACGCGUCACCCUGCACCAGUGGGUGUCAAAGAUCGCCACCAACACCAUCGCCCUCCCGGCCUUGCCGCCGCUGCCCCCGGAGCACCUGGGCGACGACGACUACUCGCGGCCGAGCAUCCGCCGGAAAAAGCAAAUCCGCCCUCCCGCCGACCGCUUCAACUGCAGCAUGUGCGACAAGAGCUUCCCUUACCAGUCCAAGCUGAUGGACCACGAGCGCAUCCACACGGGCGAGAAACCCUUCGCCUGCACCUCGUGCAGCAAAAGCUUCCGCACGCAGGCCUUCCUCAACAACCACCUGAAGACGCACAGCACGGCGCGGCCGUACGCCUGCGGCCAGUGCGGCAAAUGCUUCGCCAAGCUGCAGAGCCUCAGCAAGCACAUGCUGGCCCACAGCGGGCAAAAACCCUUCUACUGCGACGUCUGCAACAAGGGCUUCACGCAGUCCACCUACUUCAAGAGGCACAUGGAGUGCCACACCAGCCAGAUGACCUUCCCGUGCAAGCACUGCAACAAAAGCUUCCCCACCGCCUUCAAGCUAGCCAACCACGAGCGCUGGCACACCCGCGACCGCCCGCACAUGUGCGAGCGCUGCGGCAAGCGCUUCCUGGUGCCCAGCCUGCUGAAGCGACACAUGGGCUACCACAUCGGCGACCGCCAGUACCUCUGCUCCCAGUGCGGCAAGACCUUCGUGUACCUGUCGGACCUCAAGCGGCACCAGCAGGACCACAUCCCCAAAGCCAAAAUCCCCUGCCCCGUGUGCCAGAAGAAGUUCUCCAGCAAAUACUGCCUGAGGGUGCACCUGCGGAUCCACACCCGCGAGCGGCCGUACCGCUGCUCCAUCUGCGAGAAGAGCUUCACGCAAGUGGGCAACCUGAAGGUGCACAUCCGGCUGCACACCAACGAGCGGCCCUUCAGCUGCGACGUGUGCGGCAAGACGUACAAGCUGGCGUCGCACCUCAACGUCCACAAGCGGACUCACUCGUGCAAGAAGCCGUGGAUCUGCGAGACGUGCGGGAAGGGCUUCGCCAUGCCGGGCCUGCUCAAGAACCACGAGCAGUUGCACCUGCGCGAGGCCGACCCGGACUUCGCCGCCAAGCGUAGGACCAGGGGCAAGCAGAAGAAAAACGCCCUCAAAAGGAAGUUUGACGAGGAGGAGGAGGAAGGCAUCGAUGAUUUUUAAAGGAAAUCCAGUGGCACCUUCAGAGAAGGCGGUCAUGUAUUCUUUAUCCUCUGCGUAGAGCAACUUCGAUUGAUGCAGCGUGACAAAAGCUUAAAUUCUUUCACAUUUUUACUUUGGUCAUUACUGUCUGUUUUGUAUAGCAGUACAAUAUUACGGAGCGCUGUUUUUCAUACAUCAAAAUAUACUUAAAAGCAUUUUCGGGGCCGGGAGUGGGGCGGCAACAAAUUUAUUUCAAUAUUAAAAAAAUAUGUUUUAAGUUACAAAAAUGGGACAGAACAAAUUGAACCCUUAUCACAAGGCGCCGCUGUAUUUUGUCGGCGAGCUUUUUGAACUUUUCUUUUUUUACUCCUUCCUAAAUAGUUUCCCCGCAACCAGCAAGAUUAUUUUUGUACCGGGAUGCAAUGAAAGAUUUGAUAGACAAGCAUGGCUCUUGCCUCUGAAUCAUUUUCAUCGGUAAAAGGAAAUAGAGAUCAAACGUUAGAAUUUUUUCUUUUGUUGUAUUGCAGUGCAUGUGAAUGUCACAUGUGUUAUUGUUUUGUUUUUUUUAACACAUACAGCACAUCUCUGCUUUUUUUUUAGGGGGGUGGGCUAUAGUUAGCUUUCAAUUAGGCGCCCGUGCAUUAGUGAUUACAAGUAUAACCUGACUCUAGAUUUCAUUGUUAUAGUAUUUGUUUUCUUUCUUUUCAUUUUUUUAAUUCAAACGUGGUGAAAUUGUCAAACGCGUCUGUGCGCCCCAGUUAGAACAUUAAACGUGAGAGCGAUGGAUUA